UUAGACAGGUUCCUUUCCUGUUUCAAAAUAAGAGAGGGCGUCUACUUUUUUCCAUAUUCUUUCCAUACUUUUUUUAAAAUGAUAUUUGCUAUACUGUUGGCCCUAAUACUAAAAGAUUUCAGAAAGAAAAAAACUCAGUGUUAAUUUAAUUAGAUAAAUGUAACUGUAAUCUGAACUAAAUCUUUAUUUACUAUCAGUUGUGUUUCUUCUACAUUCUUAUCUUCUGGGUGUGUUUUUAUAAUGUGGAUUUCAUGGUUAAUUGUUUGCUAAGUGGCAUGUGAAGCAAAAGUACAAAUACAAUUACCUUGACCGUUACACACCUCAUAUUGUGAAACAGAAAGAAAACUCAUCAUUAGAUUAAAUGAAACUAAACUCUUCAGUGUUUCCUAUAAAAACAUACUUCAGAUUUAUUUAAAUCAACAUUUUUAUAUAAAAAUGUUGGUUCAAAGACCACUGACUUUACUUCAAAAGUGAUCUUUUUCUCUAUUAUUAUGAAUAGUGUUUCAAUGUACUUAAUAUUUUAAUUACUUGGUUAAAUUAUGAAUCUUUUGAACCAUUGUUUGUUUGUGCCCACGAAUCUGAUUUUUUUCAUAUGCUAGCUCCAGAUUUAUUUUUAUUUAUUUAUUUUUUUUAAUGAUGGCACAUUUGUUUAUUUUAACAAAAUAACAUUGGUAUCUUUAAAGUUCCUGUGUGUGUACAGCAUGCGUCAGUACAACUGGCACUUAGUUUCACUUCUCCUUUCUUGUUUGCCAGAAGUGAAACUUAGGGAAAGCCAUAGAUAAAGGUUUCAUUCUGUUCAUCUGGUCCACAUUCCUACAGCUUGUUUUGACUCAGCACAUAUCAGCUGUUCUGUCUCUUCCUAAGCCACUCUUACCAAAAGGAUGGAACCGCUGGAAUGGAAACGCAUUUUUCAGGAUGAAGCAAAAAGUCUUCAUUUUGGGCACACUUGGCAGAUGGAGUUUGAUGACACCAUUACACCUGAUCGUCCAAACCCAGGCUGGGAGCAGUACAUCAGGAACACAAGUGCAAGGUUCAGAUGCACCUUGUGUGGGAGAUCCUGGCCUUCCAACCGUGUGUUGGUGACCUUCCACAUGCAGCUGAUUCACAUUGUGGGGACUGUGAAAGUCCGGGCGCUGCGUCAGAACUGCAAAAGGUGCACCAACGCUCCCAUGGUGAAACCAAGCGUCGAGUCCUACAACAUCAAAGUUCUCAUGGAGAAUCUGAUGGAAAAAAUUAAAAUCAAAUGCUACAAAGAAAAAAGGGGUCCGUCAAACAAGCCUUUCAGAAGCCAAGAGGUUAAAAGUCCCCAUGAGCCUGAUCACUGUGAGGCCUGCAAAAUGGGGAUCUGCACAAAAGAAUGAGGCGUGGUCACAUGAUAAGAUUAUUAUGAUAUCAAGAAAAGAAAUAAAAAUUAAUAUAUGCCUGUGUGUGUAACUAAGUUUAAAGAAGUUAAACAUGGAAUUUGUGAGAUGAAUUUUUGAUUGAAGUGUCGAUUGAUAACUUUGUGAAAACUUGAGGCCCUACCUCAGCUUUGUCUUUGGAAACAAAUAUCCUAAAAAAAACUUCUUGUUUAUUUAUCUUUUUACUGGGGUCUUACUUGUUGAGGUUUGUACUCCACUAUGAGCACAAUUAUAAUGAAUUUAAUGCUGUUUAAGUUUAACUGGGCUUUCAAAAACACAAAUAUAUUGUUCUAUUUCAUUUUGUGUGUGUGUUAUUUAUUGUCUAUCUUCUGUUUUCAUUAGAGCUAUGAGAACAUGCGAAUGCUUCUCUUUUUGUGUAGUUUGUAGGAAAAUCGAAUUGAAAAAGUGAGUGUGCAUUGUCCAAACUCUUUGAUUUCCUCUGUAAUUCACGUUUUAUCGAUCUUGUGAAACAAGAAGAAUCGGGGGGACUUUAAAACCAUGUUAAAUAAAAAUCUGAAUGUUGAGAAUGUUCCACAAGUUUCUUUGAAGCUGUUGUCAAGUUCUUGAUCUGCACAUAAACAGUUAAUUAAAUACUUAAAAAAUA